CUGCUUCCGGUACAGAGCAACAUGGCGUUGCAGAUGUCCGACUGAGCGGUGUAUGUGCAUUAAACUGAGCAAACAGAAGUAUAACACUGUCGUUGAGCCUGAUAUGUGUGCAAGCUCUACACGGACCAUAAAGCAAUGUGGCUGCUCGUUGUGUCUGAGCUGUAUAUGCUGUUUUCAGCAGCACUUGCUGGAGAAUGCCAUUGCUUCAAUGCAAGUGCCUGUACGGCGUCCCCGGCCACUACUUGUGGCUAUGAGGUACAUGGCGGAUGUAUAAAGGGAUGGUUCGGUCCAACAUGCCAGAAACAAAACGUUGCACUGAAGAAGCCGGCGGCUCAGACCUCUGUCUGGUACGAACCUUAUGAAACGUCCCGGCCACUGAACCUGACAGCGGACUACGCGGUGGAUGGAUUAGUUUCAACUCACGUAAAUGACAGUCCAUGUGCUCACACUGACACUGGAGACAUGACACCUUCAUGGAAAGUAUUGCUCAAUACAAGCAGCUCUGAUAGAAUCCACCACAUGAAAUUAUAUCUUCGCAAUACAUGGCCAGGUCGAAAUAGGGGCAUGCAGAUUCUGGUGGACAACCAGACGUGCUACAAUUGGUCAUCAACCGAAGGACCUCAUGAUGUCACUGACGUCACCUGCAGACAACCACUGUCAGGAAACACAGUUAUCAUACGGACACCACAGGAGUAUCUCACUCUGUGUGAGGUGCAGAUAUAUGUUUGCAGUGACGGCUGGUUUGGUGAUGAUUGUGGCAGACAAUGUCACUGUCGGGACAACAUGGACGUGUGUGACAAGAUCUCUGGAAGCUGCUCUAGUGGAUGCACUCCUGGAUUCAUCGGUGCAAAUUGUCAAACACUUUGCUGUGACGGCUGGUUUGGUGAUGAUUGUGGCAAACAAUGUCACUGUCGGGACAACAUGGACGUGUGUGACAAGAUCUCUGGAAGCUGCUCUAGUGGAUGCUCUCCUGGAUUCAUCGGUGCAAAUUGUCAAACACCCUCUGCUAGAAAGAAUAAUCAGCCAGCUUCUAACCUCAUAACACUAGCAGUGGGUGCCUCAAUUGGGGUUGUGACAAUGAUCAUUGUGCUGGUGGCUUCUCUAUACAUCAGACGCCUGAAGAUGAAAAUAAAAGCGUUAGAAAAGAAACGUGAAGAACCAUACGUCUCUCUGGAUGAAGCAACACGGGCACAAUCAUCAGAAACGUGUUAUUCACAGCUAGCUGAUGCUUGAUAUGUUCCCUGAGAUAAUACAUCUGUACGAUAAAUGUUUUGAAACGAAUUCAUUGAAUAUUGAAUGAAUCCACAAAAAUCACUUAUUCUUUUUUACGUUACGUUCUUGUAUGUGGUAUGUAUCGUUUACACUUCAUAGAAUGAAAGUGACAAAACUCUUUCCAUUAUCAUAUCUGGUAAAAGCAGAGUCAAUUGUACGAUUCCGACUCUAUCAUGUGUUUGGGUUGCUAUGACAUUGUGACACUGUGUUGGCGAACACAUGCAAAGCCAAGUCAAUUGUUCAUCUGACAAAAAACAUGGGAACAUAUGGUACACGUCAAAACAGGGGAUUGCAUUUUGUCACUGGGGCGUCAAAUUUAGGAAAUGUCCUCCACAUUUAUAUCAUAAAACGUUUUGAAAGCUUUACUGAGGCCGUGAAUGUUGAUGUCUUGAUCAAACAAAUUAAAGCAAGAGUCACAUGAUGCUCUUUGAAAUCUUAGUAGAACAGUCAUGCCAGAUUGUGACUCAAAAGUUGCAAAAUGUAAACCCCAAAGGCUGGAGCUGCUGGACUGUUGCUCGUCAUAAAGUGAAAGGUGACUGUUGGAAAGUUGAAGUCAUCCCUCUUGUCGUCAUAGUCUUGUGGAUAGUUUUGGUCACUCUGAGGUUUCAUGCCUAUCGUUGGUCUCCUUCAUUUCUAGUUCAGGUGGGUAGAUUAGUGGAAGGGAAUUGGCUAUUUGACUGUUAUUGAACGUUAUCCCCUGAAGCUUACCUUAAACCUCUUGGCCAAAUAACCUUGUUUUGACUUUGCCAAUCCGAGCAUAGUUUCCGAUUCAUAUGCAUAAUGGAACAGAUCAGGUAGAAAGGGAGCACCUUCCUGUUCAAUUGUCUUAUCCCCAAAUUACACGGUGAUGUCAUCAAUGAGGAAGUCCAGUAUUUCAGACAUUGUCUUCUCAGUUCCACUUCUCUCAAUGUCCUACUUAUAAUAACCAAAAGUCAAGAACCAAAGGGUGUAGUUUAUAAAAUUGACUGUAACUGUGGACAGUCCUACGUAGGUGAAACAUCCAGCCUCAUCAACACCAGAAUCACAGAGCACAAAACUUCAACCAUCAAAUCAGACAGUAAAUCGUCCAUUUCGGACUAAAUCAGCAACUGCCCCAAUCACAUCAACUUGGAAAAUGUCCAAAUACUCUCCAACAACCUUCAUGACUUCACUAAAAUAAAACUAACAGAGGCAGUCCACAUUUGCUGCAACAAGCCAUCAAUCAACAGAAACUCAUUAACUCAUUAAGCAAUAAUCAUCCCACCUAUGUAUACUUAUCCUGUUUAAUUGGCUCCCUGUCAUAUUGUCUUUCCGAUCAUGUUCUUACAGCAUUAUCCCUAUGUUGUCAUUACUGAACCUACUCAUGUUAAUCUCUCUCUUGUUUGCUAUUUUUGUUACUGUUAAUCCUCCACAUACUAUAUAUAUUCUGUACUUAAGAAUGUACAUAAUUCAGUCUUGCUUGACAACGGUAUAAGGAUGUAUACCGAAACGUCGCCUUUACAGUAAUUAAAAAAGUUGUUAUCAAUAAAUUGUGUCAGUUUGUCAUCGAUUUCUAACGAAAUAACGAUUUCUGAUGUGGUCGUUUAAUUGAUCGACACUCAUUUCAUCUUGUCUUAUCAAGGAUCAAAGUAUACCAACACAUGAUUCCAAAAGUAUACAUAUUUCUCUACCAUGUAAAGCUAUAUGGUAUUGUGGAUGACAUUUAGAAGCAGUAACGAUUGAAACAUAACACUCACAAAAACGUGUACUUUCUGCUAUCAACUUUUGCCCUGACCCCAACACCUAAAAACAUUCCUCUUUAUCACUGAACGCCAAAGCUCCAUAAGAAUCCUUACAGAAAGAGAUAUUUGCUGUGUCCAGCAAAAGUACUACCAAAUCUCUGCCUCACACUCAACGAUAAUCCCUAAUACAAUAAAGGAAUGACAACGCAGAAUGUAUUUGUGACAAGUGAAAUCAAUAUUUGUUAUUUUGAUAACUACCUCUGACCCCCCCUUUUGGAGUGUUCUAAUUACAAGGCAGCAUACCUUCGUCUCCAAGUAUGCUUACGCGUUCCAAAAGACCGCCGUUUAAAUGGGUUCUUGUCGUCAUGGUAGAGCGCAUCAACUUGCAAAACAGUAGAUUGAUCUACUAAAUGUCUACAGCGUAUUAAAUAUACAUACGAUGAUAAAUGAUUAAACGUGCAUCAGCUUCAUGUGUAUUACCUUAAUGUGGGAGGGAAUCCCAAAGAGACGCAGUUUCUAGUCACAGACCUGUAUGAUACUGACAAAAACAUCGCAGUAAAGGGGAAUGUGAAAUUGGAACAAACGAUCUUGGCAUUGCUAAAGGACACAACCUCGUACCACAGGAGACAUUUUCGCACAUCCAAUCAUCAUUUGCCCAUAGAAACCGGCUGAUUGGGAGGGUUACUGAGAGAAGACUGUGUCUGCACAUUAUGCAAUUUAUCUGCUGUUGGAGACGAAGUUCACUAUCUUUUUCGGUGUGAAGCACUUCUCCAACAACGACUUCUUUACAUCCCAAAGAAUUGCUAUAUCUGGCCAAAUAUGUGUAAAUUGCGUAAAACGACAUCCCCUAAAAUAUAUCCACUUUGAAACAUCUGUCCAGAUCCAUCGUACAUUUGAACACAUAAUUACGUUAAGGUGUCUAAUUUUAUUUAUUUUAUUUUAUUUUAUUUUGAUAUUUGUUUUAUUGAGGCUUGUUACCAUCUUGAUCUGCAUUGCAUAUUAUAUGUUGUAUAUAUAUAUAUACUCUUGUACCACCUUUGGUGGUUUUUCAGAG